UUUACAGAAGUGAACAAUCUGGGAAUAUACCCAGCUCCAAGGGCCUGCCAGCCCGCGGAGGGGGAUGGGAAGGAAAGGGAGAUAAGGGCCAUCAGAGAACUUCGGAGAACUGGUGGCGAAAUUUGGCAUUUCAUUAAAAAAGAUCCUCUUUCAAGUAACCAGUCACAAGGCUAUCGGGAGCCCUUCCAGAACUAUGUCCAAGAUCCUGUGGGUCGAGAUUGCAGCCAACAGACCUCACAGCCAUCCAAAGGAAGCCAUGUAGGCAGCGAGAAUGAGGGCGGUCGGCCAUGCCAGGCAAGGAGAGACUCCCCGGCUGGCUCUCCCCGAGGGGAGCCUGGAAGAGCUGGGCAGCUUUGUGAGACUUUGGCAAAGAUCUCUGGGAGAAAGGGGAAUCUGCUCCCCCCGGGUGUGUGCAACCUCCUGAACCCUUCAACCAUCUAUGCCAACAAUGAGGUGUGCCUCGCUGACAUUGAGAUUUAUGGUUUUGACUACGACUAUACUCUGGCACUCUACUCCAAUUCUCUCCAUUCCAUGAUUUACAACACUGCCCGGGAUAUCUUGGUGGAACAGUAUAAGUAUCCAGAAGGAAUCCAAAAGUAUGACUACCUGCCAAACUUUGCCAUCCGAGGAUUGCACUAUGACAUCCCCAAGGGCUUACUGAUGAAGAUUGAUGCCUUCCAUUACAUCCAGCUGGGCACUGUAUACAGGGGCCUCAAGCCAGUCCCAGAUGAAGAAGUGACUGAGCUGUAUCAAGGCACACAUCACAUUCCCCUCCAUCAGGUUAGCGGAUUCUAUGGCAAGGGACCAGCAGUAAAGCAAUUCAUGGACAUCUUCUCCCUUCCCGAGAUGACUCUUCUUGCAGUGGCUAACGACUUCUUCAUUUCCAAUGAUAUUGACUAUGACCCUAUCCACCUAUAUAAAGAUGUUACGGAUGCCAUCAGGGAUGUCCACAUCAAAGGUCUCAUGUACAAAUGGAUCCUCCAGGACUUGGAAAAGUACAUCCUUCGGGGUGAAGAGACUUAUGCUGUCCUGCGCCGCCUGGUGGACAAUGGCAAGAAGCUGUUUCUCAUCACCAAUAGCCCCUUCAGCUUUGUUGACAAAGGCAUGAAGUACAUGGUGGGCAAGGAGUGGAGAGAUUUCUUUGACAUAGUCAUCGUGCAGGCGGAUAAACCACAUUUCUUUAACGAUGGCAUCAAACCUUUCCGCCGCUUGGACGAAAACGGAGACCUGCAGUGGGAUAAGAUCAUCAAGCUAGAAAAGGGACAGGUCUACAAGCAGGGGAACCUAUUUGAUUUCCUGCGGCUGACGGGUUGGCGAGGAUCGAAGGUCUUCUACUUCGGCGACCACCUCUACAGUGAUCUGGCAGACCUAAUGCUUCGUCAUGGCUGGCGUACUGGAGCUAUUGUUCCAGAGCUGGAGACAGAGACCAAGAUUGUCAACACAGAGCAGUAUUCUCAGUCCCUGACGUGGCUGCAAGCCCUCACUGGCCUGCUGGAACGGAUGCAGAUGUUCCGGGAUUCAGAGUCCCAACAGGUGCUCCAAGACUGGAUGAAGGAGAGGCAGGAGAUGAGGGCUGUCACCAAGAACUUGUUCAACCCCCAGUUCGGCAGCAUCUUUCGAACUUGCCACAACCCCACCUACUUCUCCCGCCGGCUGUGCCGCUUCUCAGACCUCUACAUGGCUUCCAUCAGCUGCCUGCUCAAUUAUGACCUUCGCUACACUUUCUUUCCCCGACGUACCCCUCUGCAGCAUGAGGCUCCGCUCUGGAUGGACCAGCUCUGCACGGGCUGCAUGAAAACCCCCUUUCUGGAGGAAAUGGCCCAUAUUCGCUAGGGCGUGAGCUUCCACCAGAGGGGCUGGGCCUGGGUUGUGGCUAGACUGUUCCUGGCUCUGCCCAGCCCCCAAGUCCCUAGCUCAGUCAGGGAGGGUAUGUUGGGAUCAGCUUUUGGCCUUGUGCCUCUUCAUUAUGGCUGCCUUCAGGACCCACGAGACCCCGCCUCAUGCUCUUCCUCAGAGGCUCUGUCCACUUUGGUGCCAGGGAGCUUCAGGGAUGGCUCCCCCUCUUCGAAUGCUCUCUCUCUCUCUGGGCUGAGCUUCAGGGCUCAAGCCUGGCUGAGAUAGAGAGAGCAUCACUUAGAGUGUGGCUCCCUGGGCCCACUGAAGGGGCAGAAAGGCAGGCAGUUCCAGGGAACUCCAGGGGACCUUCUCUGCCUUUGCUUGCCAUUGGCUAGAUGGCAUCUGAGGUCUAGGAGAAUCCCAAGGCCCUGUUGUGCAGGAAACUUAGUUUGGGAGAAGGGGGGGGGGGCAGGAAUGUGUGCUGUUCCUUUGGGGAAGGGGGGAUUUGAAGCUGUCUGGGGGCUAGUAGGACUUGAAGGGCCACAUCAGCCAGAGACUUUGGGAUUCCCUGCCAAGUUUGGCCCUCUCCCCCUUCCCUCCUCCCACAGCCUUUGUGCCUUCUUGGCAGCUACAGGCCCCACCUUAGGCAUGCAGUGUGCUGGGGCCUCAACCAGGCUGUGAAGGACCCAAGGGGAACUCUUAGGAGCGCUGAAGAGGGAGGUUAGGGAUACAGGCUCCAGAAGGGUUAGUUCCCCAAGGUUCCCUCCUCUCCAGCUCCCCAUUCUGUCAGAGCAGGUUCCACUUUGGCACUCCACUGGGAGACUGGCUGGGGUUCUUUGGCAAUCACCUCCCCCCAGAUGCUGGUAGGCUCCCCUUACCACAAACAGGGAAUGGAAGCCUGUGUCUGUGUGACAUCGUCUUCAAUGGAGAUGCAGGAGGGCACAGAGGUGCCAUCGCUGAUGCUUUUGGCCCUCAACGGCAGGGAACAUCUCUCUGCUCCCUGGUGCACCCCCUUUCCUCACAGGUAGGCCCCUAGGCAGGGGCCGGGGACCUCGCCAGCUGCCAUUCAGUCUUCCUCUGCCCUUUUCCUCUUAAAGGAAGACCAAACCAAAGAACCAGUUGGUUUGCCGUGGUCUGCUCUCCUCUUUCCUCCUUUUUGGAGAGUCAUCUGCCAAAGGAAUGACCAAACUUCUUGAUGCAGGGGACGGGAAUAGAAAGAGUAAGCCACUCUCUGCUGGGGAGGGCGGGAGCUUACAUUUCUGGUACACAGCGGCACCCUGCCAUCUCAGGAGCAGUACUUUGGAAGACGGGGCUGCUGAGGGGAAGCCAAGAAGACUUGACUGCUGUCUCCUCUCAGCAGACUGUUUUCAGAGUGUGGAGUGGCCAGCUGGGGAAAGGAGGGUGAGGCUGCAGGGUGGCUGGAGAGGUAGCCCACAGAACGAGACCCAAGGCAGUUGAACCUUGGCUAUGGCCCAGGUUGCAUGGCUCAACUUGCCUGCCCUCUGGAGUCCCACCCACUGCUGACAGCCUGGUAUUCACCUGUCUGCCACUACUGUGCCACCCCCCCCAAUGGCAGGAUUUUCGGGGUCUGAUCUCCCAGGAGAGGGAAAAGUAAAAUGGUGAUGGAGAGGGUAGAGGAAGACCAGUAGGCAGGAGAGGGUCCCCUAGCACUUGCAAUAAGGACAGGAGAGACGUGUCCUCCACAAGCACUUAGUCAAAUUUGAGCCCUUAAAAGUCAUGGAAAUCAAGAAUAGUGGCCAGCAGCACCAGGAGGAUGAGAGGCAUCGCCCACGUGCUAUUUGAGCCCAGCUUUAGAGAUGGCAUUGUUUAGAGGGAAGGGAGGGCAACCCAGGUGUGCUGUCCAGCUUGGGCAAAAGCAGAGAAAGGAGAGCUAGCAUAGCAUGUUCUCGGGUGUACGAAAGGCAGGGAUAGGUUCGACUAGGCAAGAUAAGCCAGGUCUAAGCUGGUUAGAGGUAUUUGUGUCAGAGCAGGGGCCUUGAAUGUGGCCACAGCUGGGCUGCUGGGUAAGGCCUUGGAAGGGAGAGCACAGGGCAGUUGCACAGGAGAUUCCACUAGUUGACAUAAUACACUUCAAAUAUGUUAUAGCAGCACUCUUUGUGGGAGCAAUGGAAGGGAAAGAGAUGCCCGUCGACUGGCAAUGGCUAUUUGGCUGGGUAUUACUAUGCCAUUAGAUGCCAGAUGUGAUGUUAAAAGCCAGGAAGGAUGUCAAGUGGGCAGAGCUGACAAGUCAAAGCUGUCAGGAAAAAAAAUCACAAAACUACGAAAGAAGAUCACAGCCCCAAAGGAGAUGGGGGAUUCCUCCACCCCCCCCCCCAGGUUUUCAAUGGCGGGAGACCAAUGGAGGUGAAACAUGACCAGUAAUUUCAGACUUGACCAAUGCAUUUGUUACUUUUGCUGAUAGGUCCUCUUUCUGUUUUCCCCUUCAAAAUUCUUUGUUCUAUGGAAUGGAUCUCAGGAUCCUGGUGGGCUGGGAUUUUGACAAUGUAAAAGAAGAUUAAAAAUCUUUCCAUUGGA